AUGGCCUCUCUCAAAUCCGGCCUCCUUGCAUCAGCAAUCGCACAAAACUACUCUGCCUACAAUCAAUUAUUAUCCCUAUCCUCUCCUUCAGACUCGAUUGCAUUCUGGGAUGAUGUUGUCCUUACUGCAAGCAACGAACAUCAAAAGGCCGUUUAUGGGAGAAGAAUUGCAGAGUUGGCUGAGGAGAAACAAAUACCCGGUUGGGUUAGGUUUCAUGUUGUAGAUGAUCCACCUCGGUAUAAAAUAGGCAGCGGUGGGUCUACGCUGUUGGUGCUAAAGUAUCUUGAUGAUAUCUAUGGAUCGGACCUUGAUUCGAGAAAAAUUCUUUUAAUUCAUGCUGGUGGCUAUUCAACGCGAUUGCCUCAUGUUAGUCCAAUUGGAAAAAUCUUCUUGAACUUACCCACGCUUGGUGGACCAAAGAACUGCAUGCCAAUGUUAGUGCUGAAAUUAAUAAUGUAUAUUGGCCUAGUUAAACACUUGUCCUCUGGCGUAUUUCUCACAAGUGCAGACACUAUUGAACUAAUAGCUAUGCCCGCGCAUCCGUCCUCCUUGACUAUUGGAACAACCCAUGGGGUUUAUUGCAUAGAUGAUCCAGAAGGCGAGUGUAUGGCCGAGGUGAACAAACUACCGGAAGAAAGAAGACCGAUUUUGAAGAAAUGUGAUAAAUUUUUGCAUAAACCGACAGUCAAAAAAAUGAGGGAACAUGGUGCCAUAAUCGAGGAUCAGAACGGAGAGGAAUUCGUAUAUACGGACAGUGUCUACUUCUUUGAUCAUAAUUGUAGCAAAGUGUUGCUAGAGAUAUUAUCUCAAAUCCAACCACUUACAUAUGAACUGGAAGCCUGGUCAGAUUUUCUUCCCUUUGGUGCAUGUACACAAUUUCCUCCUUCCACGGAUUACUCUGAUCCUCUCUCAAGGGCCCGUUCAACAAUACUCAAGACACUUCAAACCUCAAAUAUAUCCCUCUCUGUUUUAGUAUUGAACUCUUCCAAAUUCUAUCACAUAGGAACAAUGCAGGAAUACAUUGAAUGUUGUUGUAUCGAUGAGGAGUUCCAAACAGAAAUGCAGAUUCAAUUCAAAGGAAAUUUGAAAGGGGUUUGUGUGAUGGGAGGAAAUGAAGAUGCAUGGAUUGAGAAAUACCAGAAUUUUAUUACAAGUGUACCCCCCGCAGUCUUGGAAAAUGUAAAGGUAGUAGCAGGAGAGGAAGAAGGAGAAUAUGCAAGAAAUCAAGGGAGAAUCGGAUGUCAUUCAAUUCUAGUUAAUGUCAACUUAACGCCAAGAGUGGAUAUACCUGACUAUACAUGUAUGUUUACUAUGAAAUGCCAUAUUCCUUCACAACCAAAGUCUUUCGCAAAGGUUCCUAAGUAUGGCUAUGUAACGUUUGUCUUUUCUACAAAAGAUGACAUGAAAGCUUCAUAUUCAUUGGAGACUCUUGGAAUAUUUAAUGAUGUACCUGUAAAACGAGUUUUGCAUCCUAGUUGUGUUAUUAAUGAUACAGAUGAGAUUGCACUAUGGAAUUUACCUAUGUUUCCGAUGAUGGAGACAAAAGAACAGUCUGUGAAAUGGGCAUUAUGGAUUAUUGAUAGAAUAGCAAGUUGGAAGGAUGGUACAAGAACAGAAGAUGAUUUGGGACGCGAAAUGCAGAUGAUUCAUUAUGCAAAGCCACUUGAAUUUGUGUCUUUGAAGAUGGGUGUGGAGCUGUUUGAAUAA